AGUGGCGAAGCACUACUGAGCAAUUCACGUAUUACUUGAUACGGACGACUUCUGUUUUUGCGCCCUCCGAUCGAGCAACGAGCACGAGUAGGCGGCUAGGGGGGGGCGGCUGGGCUGCCUUUUCAAUCAAUCUCCGGCCGCUCAGCGCCGCUAUUGGUGCGAGUUGUAAGGAGUCUUGGUCUCGAGUCGAGCUGGGGCGUCAUUUCAUUCUCGUAACGGGAGUGAGUGCACCGCAAGACCAGACAAGUGACUCCCUCGCCUCGCUGCGGCGGCACCUGUCUUUUAAGUUAAGUCAUUUCCUAAGAAGGGCUCCUCUUAUUCUACGAUAAUCCAAGCAGCAGCUCCACGAGUCCGCUCGGAACCAGUCGAUUCCUGAGCCAUUCGUUCUCCCCUCUCGGUUGGCGUUUGCCAGCCACUAGAGCAGUUAAGAGAAAAAUUGUCCCCAAGGAAACCACUUGUGUCUUUCUUGGAUAUGCUUAGUCCGGGUAUAGAUGCUAUGACGUGAAAUCCAAGAGACUCGAUGUAUCCUUGAAUGUUCUCUUUAAUGAGGUCGCCUCAUAUUUUCCUUAACUGAAUUAAUCAGCCCCGGGGGAGAAUGGUGAUGGAGAUGUAUUGCGGCCUUCUCCUGUUCAUCAACUCGAACCUCAUUCUUCUGCUGUUGAUGUUACGGAUCAGCCUCACUCUUCAGGCUAGCAGCCUUGCCCAGCAUCUUCUGCCGAUUGGUAAGAUUACUCCAGAAGAUCGGCAGUCUAGCCCAGUUGCUUCCCUUCCAGCCGCUUCCUCAGAUUCUGGAUCCCUCUCUCAGUUUUCCCCAAAACAUCGAGCUUACCUCAUGUCAGUUCAAUCUUCUCAUGAACCUGAAUCAUUUGCUGAAGCCUUCAAUCAUUCUUGCUGGAGAGAUGCUAUGCAGGAAGAAAUCAAUGCCCAGGAAAAAAGAAUAAGACUGAGUCUCAUUGCCUGCAGGGAAACAAAGCCAUUGGCUGCAAGUGGAUUUACAAGAUCAAGCAUAAAGCAGAUGGCUCGCCGUGCGGAUUCUUCCAUGUUUAUUCGUCGAGGUCAUGGUCGUUGCCUCAUCCUUCUUUUAUACGUUGACGACAACAUUCUCACCGGGAAUGAUUCUUCUCUUUUAUUCGAUUUCAUCAAGGAGCUUGGCAACCAAUUUGUCUCUUUCAUCCGCUGCAUGACUUUCUCGGCAUGGAGGGGCUCCAUCCACGGACCCAAGAAAGGGAAGGUGGAAACAGCUCUCUUUCUACUGGUAAAAGGGGGGAACCUAUCAACUCCUUCUACAAGAGCAGCAUUGCAUGGAGUGGCUUACCUUGUUUCGGCAAUUGACUUGUAUGGGCUUGGGAACUGUUUGGACUUCAAAAGAGAAGAAGCCUAUAUCAGCAGAUGUGACAACGAGAAGCACUUCAACUUCACUAGCAGCAAUAGUGAAGGAAGUCAUUACGGGUGGAAGGGAGCAGGCUUAAAGGAGCAACCACUCAAACUAGAUGGCAGAAAACUAGAAGCUUUCCUCCUUAAAGCUGGUUGUCUUGAAGGAAAGUAAAGUUUGUUAACUAAGCAAGGAAUGUCGGAUAACAGCUUGGAUCGGAGGUUUCAUGUCUUUUUUUUUCAUUCCUUUCCCACUUCCGUCCUGAGAGUUAGAGUGAGAUCCUUGCGCUAUAAGCGAUUGCUAUG